GUGACCCAGAUCGAAAUGGCGACAGAGUGUUGCUGCCAUCGCAAACUAACUCGCCUGUCACUUUAAAGAACACACAAACCACACAUUUUGAACCACUCGGGGGGGAAUCAACCGCGACUCCGAUAUUUAUUCCCAACGGUAAAAACGAUGAGCAUUUUUAACGGGAAGGUGAGGUUAGCAUAGCGUCACUGCACGAAGAUAAGACGAACACAGUCAGGAAUCCGCGUCAUCGAUUCCGACAAUGCGAUUGAAAACAUCCCUGCUGAAGGAGCCUAAACAUAGGGAGCUAGUGAGCUGCAUUGGCUGGACCACAGCUGAUGAGCUGUACUCCUGCAGUGAUGACCACCAGAUCCUCAGGUGGAACCUUCUGACCAGCGAGACCAGCCUCGUCGUCAAAUUACCAGACAGCUUCUACCCGAUUGACCUGCACUGGUUCCCUAAGACUGUCGGUGGCAAAAAGCAGACUUCGGCCGAGGUCUUUGUGCUAACCAGCAGUGACGGGAAGUUCCACCUUGCCUCCAAGACGGGGCGCAUCGAGAAGAGCGUCGAAGCUCACAAAGGAGCCGUUUUAGCAGGCCGCUGGAACCAUGAUGGGACUGCCCUUGUCACAGCUGGAGAAGAUGGGCAGAUCAAGAACUGGUCCAAAAGUGGAAUGCUGCGUUCAACACUAGCCACCCAAGCGUCUCCCGUAUAUUCUGUGGCCUGGGGCCCAGACUCUGAGAGGAUCCUCUACACAUCAGGUCGACACCUGGUCAUUAAACCUCUGCAACCCAGCGUUAAAGUCAUACAGUGGAAGGCACACGACGGGGUCAUCCUGAAGGUGGACUGGAACUCGGUCAAUGACCUCAUACUGUCAGGAGGAGAGGACUGUAAAUAUAAAGUGUGGGACAGCUUCGGCCGCCUGCUUUACUGCUCACUGUCACAUGACUACCCAGUCACCUCCCUGUCCUGGGCUCCAGAUGGAGAAGUGUUUGCAGUGGGCUCCUUCAACACGCUGCGACUCUGUGACAAGACCGGGUGGUCCUAUGCUUUGGAGAAACCCAACACGGGCAGCGUGUUCAGCCUCGCCUGGUCGGCCGACGGCACGCAGGUGGCCGGGGCUUGUGGGAAUGGCCAUGUCAUCUUUGCCAACGUGGUGGAGCAACACUGGGAGUGGAACAACUUCAUGAUCACUUUAACCAAGAGGAAAACCAUGCAGGUGAGGAAUGUGAUGAACGACGCAGUGGACGUGUUGGAAUUCAGGGAUCGAGUCAUCAAAGCCUCCUUGGCUUUCGGGCACCUGGUAGUCGCCACAUCCCUGCAGUGCUACAUCUACAACACAAAGAACUGGAAUACUCCUCUAAUAUUUGACCUGAAGGAGGGAACAGUCAGCCUCAUCCUGCAAGCGGAGAGGCAUGCUCUCCUAGUGGACGGGGCAGGCUUGUAUAUAUUUUCCUACGAGGGCAGACUCAUAUCAUCGCCUAAAUUCCCUGGCAUGAGGGCCGACGUCCUCAACGCUCAGUGCGUCUCGCUUAGUAACGACACGUUUGCCAUUCGCGACAAGAGUGACGAAAAAGUCAUCCUUCUCUUUGACGCCCUGACUGGUAAAUCUCUCGGUGACGGGAAGUCUUUGACUCACAAGAUGGAGGUGGUGGAGAUUGCCCUGGAUCAGUGUGGCCCGUCGACUGAAAGAAAGAUUGCUUUGAUUGACAAGAACCGCGACCUUUACCUCACCUCUGUGCGCUACCUCGGACGCGAGCCCAAAAUCUGCAAAAUCGGUAGCAUGAUCCACAGCAUGGCCUGGAACAACGCUGCUAACAUCCUGUGCGGUGUGCAGGACAGCCAGUUCACCGUGUGGUACUACCCCAGUACUGUCUUCAUCGACAAGGAGCUGCUUCCCAAAACACUUUAUACUAAGGAUGGCAGUGAGUUCGGCCACACGCCACACAUCCUGAGCUACGUGGACACCAAGGUGAGGUUACGUCAAAGAGACGGGUCCUUGCUCUACACCAGUGUGCCGCCGUACGCCGCGUUCCUCCACGAGUUCAGCAGCUCAGCACGCUGGGAGGACGCGCUGCGCCUCUGUCGCUUCGCCAAGAAAGACUCUCUGUGGGCAUGUCUGGCUGCCAUGGCGAUAGCCAACCGAGAGCUGACCACAGCGGAGAUGGCCUACGCCGCCAUCAGAGAGCUGCCGCGAGUGCAUUACAUCAACUUUAUAAAGCAGCAGCCGUCCAAGGAGUCGUCCUUGGCCCACCUGCUGCUGUUCAGUGGGCAGGUCCAGGAGGCAGAGGCCACUCUGCUGCAAGCUGGACUCCUUUACCAGGCCAUACAAGUCAACAUUGACCUCUUCAACUGGCAGAGGGCAUUGGAGCUGGCAGUCAAACACAAGACACAUGUGGACACGGUGCUGGCCUAUAGGGAGAAGUUCCUGCAGACUUUUGGCAGGAAGGAGAGCAAUAAGAGGUUCCUGCAGUACGCUAAAGGGGUUGAAGUGGAUUGGGAUAAAAUCCAAGCCAAGAUAGAGAUGGAGUUGGCCAAAGAGAGAGAAAAGGCUGCGAACGCGUCCGUCAAGAGUGGUGUGGCCCAGCGGCGCUAAUGACAAGAGGACCUGGUGUGGUUGUUGAGCUGGACAAUGAACCCUCGCCCCCAUCAGGAUCACACGCAGUUUUCCAUCCAGGAGGUCUCUGACAUGGCUGCAUUCAUCUUUCCUUCUAUCCUGACACUGAACAUUCCUCCCCACAGCAGUCUGCUGCCACCUCUGCUUCACAGUAGCAAAGCUUUUUGGGCAAAAUGAUGAUCUGGUUUCCUCUAAACAUGAAGACUUGCAUUCAGACUUAGUCCAGAUCAGUUCUUUGCUUAGUCAGAAUACUUCUGCUGGUGUUUUGUGCCUUUUUACUGAGGAGUGGCUUCCCUUUGGUGGAUUGCUUCAGACUUGUCUUUCUGGAAGGUUCUCCUUUCUUCUUUUCACAACCCCCCCUGCAAGUUCUUGGAGGAUCCCUGGUGGUUCCGAACGUUGUGCAUGUAGAGAUGAUGGCGGCCACUUCCACAGACAGGUGUGUGCCUUUCCAAACCAUUUCACAUCCACACAAUUUACCACAGGUGCGUUCCAAUUAAGCGAUUCGACCCUCUCAAGGAUCAGUUGAAACGUGACGGACCUCAGCUCAGUUUGCAGCAUUGUGAGAAUAAUAAAGAGACACAAAGUAA